CCUAGAUUAAGAAAAUCAAAGAGAAAGAAACCUUGUUGAAUUUAACAAUUUCACAGCAGUUUUUGGUUAGUCUAUCGCCUUCAAUGAACUAUCAAAUUCUUCAAUCUCUGCAACAUGUUGAAGAUGAAUGGGGUUUAGAUAUGCCGGAGAGUUUAGAGGAUGUAAUCAAGUUCCUUAAAAGAGAGUUUACCUUCCUUGAUUUUUUUCUCAACUUACAGAGUUUCAUAGAUUUAUCGUACAUGCUUGAAAUCGUACACAACGUUCAAGCUCUGUUUCAUGAUGCUGCCAUCGACUUUGGAAGGAGCAGUGAGAUCGAUCAAGUUGUUCGUGUUGCCAAUAAAUUAAAAGUCAAAAUGCAGAUGACUAAGUUGGAAAUCAGAUCUGAAUACUUACUUCCAAAAGUCAACAAGGAUGGUAACUUUGUUGGUAGCCCAGAAUUUGUAAUCGAUCUCAUUGAUACGGUUGUAAUGAAUCUGGGUGAUUUAUUGAAGGUUUAUUGUUCUAGUUCACUACUUUUUGUUCGUGGACCUAACAAAGAGAUCCGCAAUGUUUUCAAGGAGUUGAAGUUAUUGAGAAAUUUUGUAUGCUUUGUUACGGAGAGAUCCAUAGAGCUAGAAGGCCAACAUAUUGAUUUCUUCAUUCAUGUUUUAGAGGUGGUCAGCCAUGCUGCAAUGAUUGCCUGGUUGUAUCUCCCAAGCAAUGGCAACGAAAAUCAGGAAACGAAUGGUUUGCUUUCUGAUCAUCUGCAGAUGAAGAUGAAGCCCAUUGACCCAAGCAUCCGCAAGAUCUAUAUUGAUGUGCUGCAAGAUCUACGAUUUGAAUGGCGUCCGAUUAUUCCAAUUAAUCAUGCAGCUGAUUGUGUAGCUGGCUUUGUGCAGGCUCUCCAACACAACUUGAAGGCACUAUCGGUUAGUAAUCCCAAUACUCAUCAAAUAGCAGACCUUCAGGAGAUGCUCAACCUCCUAAUUGCCAAGUUGUCCAUACAAGAUCUAGAAUUUCACCUUAAAGAUAUCGACACUCUGAUGAUUGAUUGCGGAAUACUCGUUUACUCGUUGUGUGAAAAUGUGGUGUUAGGGAGAGCGACUAUUAAUUUACCAGUUAUCAUUGAGCAAAUCAAGAUAUCGAUCUACCACAUCAUCCAGAAGGAAUUCCAAUCUAAUUUGCCAAGGAUUCAUGGACUAGGCUAUGUUGAUUUCGUCUUAAGGAAUUUGACGGAGUUCCAACACCGUUAUCCAGAUUCACUUGCUUUUAUGAAGAUUCAACUUCAAAAAAUUCAAAAAGAACUGAAGAGCGGGCUACCUUUUCUGAGGUUUGUUGCAGAACAACGAUACAAUAUUCACGACAAACUUCAGAAUAGUGUGGCUCUACUGAUUGGCAAAGCAUAUGAGGUAGAAUAUAUCGUUGAUGCUUGUGUGAGCAAAAGAGUUCCGGACUGGUGUCUCAUGAUUUGGGUCUUGGACAUUAGCGCAGAGGUUGCAGAGAUGCAACAAAAGAAAAUGUUUGAGGGUGACUUAGUGUCACCUUACACCAUUGCUACUGACACUUCCUUUAAGUUGUCGGAAUUGGAAAAAAUGCCAGGGAUCAAAGAAGAAAUUAUAGGUUUUGAAGAUGAGAUCGAAACAUUGAUAGAUCGACUAUUAGAAGGAUCCGGAAAGCUGGACAUCAUCUCCAUUGUUGGUAUGCCUGGAGCAGGAAAGACGACUUUGGCCAACAAACUCUAUUCUUGUGAUUCAGUUGUCUCUCACUUUCAUAUUCGUGCAUAUUGUCAUGUGUCUCCGGUAUAUUCGCAGAGGGGCCUAUUACUGUCUCUUUUGGCAAUGCUACAGGUUUCUAUUGAUGGAACCUCUCUUCUUAGUAAAGGGACUGAUGAAUUAAAAGAUACCCUUUUCAGAAUUUUACAUUUCAAGAGAUAUCUUAUCCUCCUUGAUGAUGUAUGGGAUCGCAGGGUGUGGGAUGAUUUAAGAUAUUGCUUCCGUUAUAGCAAUACUAGAAGUAGAAUUCUUCUUACAACGAGAAAUCAUCAUGUUGCCGACUAUGUUGAUACAGUUGGUGAACCUCAUCAUGUUCGCUUGUUGACCUAUGAAGAAAGUUGGGAGCUACUAAAAAUAAAAGUGUUUGGCAAUGAAAAUUGCUCUCCUCUCCUAGAAAAAGUUGGGCAAGAAAUAGCAAGAAAGUGUGGAGGUCUGCCUCUGUCAAUUGUUUUGGUGGCUGGUAUUCUGUCAAAGAUGGAGAAGACCGAAGAAUGUUGGAGUCAAGUGGCUAAGGAUUUAGGUUCCUACAUUGCCAGUGACGCAAAGUCUAUUAUUGAACCAAGUUAUCAGCAUUUGCCCUAUCAUCUAAAGUCUUGCUUUCUAUAUUUUGGAACAUUUUUAGAGGAUGAGGAAAUCAAUGUUUCAAAGUUAACAUGGUUAUGGAUUGGAGAAGGCUUUGUUAAUGAUCUUGAAGAUGAGAGUUUGCAGGACAUAGCGGAAGGUUACUUGGAUAAUCUUAUAGAAAGAAAUCUAGUGAUGAAUGCUAAGAGGAGUUCUGAUGGUAAGGUCAAAGCAUGCCGUGUUCACAAUGUAGUGCUUGAUUUCUGCAAGAAAAAAGCAGAGGAAGAGCACUUUCUAUCAUGGGACCAAAACGACAAAUCUUUGUCAGCUACAUCCUCUCAGAAGAAGCUCGCUCAACGUCGUGUAGUCUUCAUUGAAGAGGAGAAUCUUGUAGAAUGGAGUUCGUCUCGCCGUCUUGUUGACUCUGUACUUUUCAGAAGAAUAGAUGUUUCUAGUCGCCUAGUCUCACAAAUUUUUUACAACUUCAAGUUUCUCAAAGUGUUGAAUUUGGAGUCCACUGUUAUCAAUUCUUUCCCAACGGUGCUAGUUUACCUGAGGUAUUUUUCUGCACAAACUGAUAAGGAUUCAAUUACAUCGCUCAUAGCCAAUCUUUGGAACCUUGAAACAUUGAUACUCAAGCCAACAAAAGGAAAGUUGAAACUACCCGUUACAAUUUGGAAGAUGGUUAGAUUGAGACAUUUGUGCAUGGAUAGCGCUUAUUUCAAUUUAAAUGGUGCAGUAGGAUUACUUGAGAAGUUGGAAGUUCUUUCCACUCCGUGUUUUUCAUGUGCAAGGGAUGUGGAACUGCUAUCGGAAAAAACACCAUAUCUUCGGGAACUGAGAUACUCAUUAGUGGAUUUUAGACGUGAAUUAUUCCCUAGAUUGGAUUUCCUAAGAGGACUUGAGACGCUUGAGAUUCAUUUAGCGGCAAAUUCAAUGGUAGAUGGUCCAUACAACUUCCCACCAAGACUUAGAAAUUUGACACUAUCCAAUUUUUUCCUAGGCAGUUGUCUUGAAUCCAGCAUUUCAAUGCUUCGCUAUCUUCGCGUACUGAAACUGGUAUCAAUUUUCUUUGACAAUGACGAGUGGGAAGUGAGAGAUGGCGAGUUCUUUAGACUCAGGGUCUUGAAGCUAGUAAAAUGUGAAUUUUUUGAUGAAUGGAAAGCUUCAGAUUAUGCCUUUCCUAUGCUUGAGCAUUUAGUUUUGCGUGAAUGCCCAUAUCUUAAGGAGAUCCCUUUUUGUUUGGGAAACGAGUUGCUAUCCAUCAAGGUGAAGUCGUGCAGCGAAUCUGUUGAGCGGUCAGCCACAGCUAUCAAACAGCACCAGCAGAGGAAGAAGAACAGAGAAGGGUUAUCAGGUACGCUACUGAGAAAAUGCAAUUACAUGUCACUCUCAUUUCUCAGACAAAAUUCAAUGACCGGCGAUGCUCAUUCUCAUGAGCCCCAACAUAAACCGCCAAUGAACCAGAAGUCGUACGGUGACAGUUGCAGCAGGGCUCAAAUCGGUUUACGCCUGUUCAUUGGAAUUGGAGGAAGAACAAGAAAGAAUGGAACAAGGACGAAGGCAGUUGUCAUUCCCUCGCUUGACGACUUGAUUGAGGCGGAUGAUUUUAGUAAUCAUUGCAUCCACAUCUUGAGUAUACUUGUGAGUUGUGAGAAAGAAGGCAGAGUGAUGUCUCCAGACAACGAUCAUCUCCUUGAAGCUUUGCAGCAGUUUAUAGUUCAAUGGGAUUCAGACAUGCCAGAAACUUCAAAGGAGCGAAUCAGGUUUCUUAAAAGGGAUUUCGAAUUCCUGCAUAUUUUCCUCACCUUCACAGAUUUAUCAGACAUGCCAGAUGUCACAUACAAAGUUCAAGCUCUGUUUCAAGAUGCUGCCGAAGACCUCAAAAAAGUCAACAUGAUCCAUCACAUUGAUCGUGUUACCUCUCGGAUACAAGAAAAGAUUCAGAUCACUAAGUCGGAAAUCAGAGAUAUCCAGUUAGUAUUAUCCAAUAAAGACGGUAGUACCGAUACUCCUGAAUUUGUAAUUGAAUUCAUUGAUACUGUCAUUCAGAAUCUGGAUGAUUUUGUUGAACUGGGAGAUUCUGUCUUUAAGGAGUUGGAGUUACUGAGGAAUUUCGUUUGCUUUGUUUCGGGCAGAUCCAUGGAGCCGAAAAUCCUACAUGCUUUCAUGACUCAUGUUUUACUUGUGUUUGGUCAUGCAGCAAUGAUUGUCUGGUUGUAUUUUCCAAGCAAUGACAGCGAAAAUCAAGAAAUGAAUGAUCUGUUUUCUGAUCUUCUAAAUAUGAAGAUUAAGCCCAUUCAGUCAGGCGUUCGUAAGAUCUAUAUUGAUGUCCUGCAAGCUGUAACACAUCCGAUUAUCCAAAUUGAGAAUGCAGCUGGUUGUGUAGCUGGCUUUGUGGAGAUUCUUCAAAACAAUUUGAAUGAACUACCAACUAUUUGUAAUCCUAGCCGGAUGGCUGCUUUGACAGAUCAAGUACUAGUCCUUCAGGAGAUGUUUGACCUCUUAUUUGACAAUCUCAGAUGUCUGUCUGUACAAGUUCUCGAAUUUCACCUUCAAGAUAUUGAUACUGUGGUGGUUGAUUCUGGACUUCUUGUUUACUCGUUAUAUGAAGAUGUGUCAUUGGAGGAAGUGACUUCUAAAUUGGAAGAUACCAUUGAGCGCAUCAAGACAUUGAUCUACCACAUUAUCCGAAAGGAGUUCCAAUCUACUUUGCCAAGGAUUCAUGGAAUAGGCUAUGUUGAUUUCCUCUUAAGCAAUCUGGAGAAGUUCCAUGACCGUUAUUCAAAUUUGCUUGCUCAUUUCACGAAUGAACUUCAAAUGAUUCAAACAGAACUGGAGAGCUUGCAACCUUUUAUCAGAUCUGUUGCAUUAGAGAGACACAACAAAUACGACAAGCUUGAGCGUUCUGUGGCCCUAGUGAUUGGCAAAGCAUAUGAGGUUGAAUAUGUCGUUGAUGGUUGUGUAAGCAAUAAAGUUCCUGAGUGGUGUAUCAUGCUUUGGCUCUUGGAACUCAUAGAGGAGAUUAGAGCAGGGGUAGCAAAGAUCCAAAGUCUUGAGGUUGACUCAGAGUCACAUGGUACCGUCGAUACUUACACUUCUCAUACUCGAAGGAUUGAUGAUGAUAUUGUAGGCUUUGAGGAUGAAAUUGGAACACUAAGACGCCAACUAACAGGAGGAUCAAAAAAUCUAGAUAUUAUCUCAGUUGUUGGCAUGCCUGGAGCAGGAAAGACAGCCUUGGCCAACAAACUCCUUUUGGAUAAAUCAGUUGCCGAUCACUUUGAUAUCUGUGCACAAUGUUACAUGUCUUCAGCACAUUCACGGAGGGAACGGUUACUAUCUAUUCUGGAGACACUACGUGUUUCUAUUGAUGAGAGCUCUCCUCUUAGUGAAGAGACUAGUGAUUUAGCAGCUAUGCUUCGCCAAAUUUUACAAACCGGAAGAUAUCUCAUUCUCCUUGAUGACGUACCAAAUGCUAGAGCAUGGAAUGAUUUAGAACAUUGCUUCUGUGAUACCAAUAAUGGAAGUAGAAUUCUUCUAACAACGCGACACUCUAAUGUUGCCUACUAUGCUAGAUCAAUUAGUGAACCUCUACAUCUUCGCAUACUUAAUGAUGGUGAAAGUUGGACAUUACUGAAAAAGAAAGUAUUUGGUGAAGGAUUCUGCUCCCCUCUCUUUGAAAAAGUUGGGCCAAAGAUAUUACGAAAGUGUGGAGGGAUGCCUCUUUCAAUUGUUUUUGUGGCCUGUAUACUCGCUGGGAUGGAGAGGACUGAACAAUGUUGGAAGCAAGUGGCCAGGAGUUUAGGAACUGAAAUUCGCUGUUACCCGGAGAACAUUAUAGAACAAAGUUAUCAGAACUUGCCGUAUCAUUUAAAGUCAUGCUUUCUUUACUUUGGAAUGUUUUCAGAAGAGGAAGAAAUUAACAUUUCAAAGUUAACAUUGUUGUGGAUUGGAGAAGGAUUUGUAAAAAAUGAUGAACACAGGACUUUGGAAGAUAUAGCAGAAGGUUACUUGAAGAAUCUUGUUGAAAGUAAUCUAGUGAUGCUUGCUAAGAGAAAUUGUGGUGGUAAGGUCAAAGUAUGUCGCAUUCAUGAUAUCUUGUUUCAGUUCUGCAAGGAAAGAGCGCAUACGGAGAAUCUUAUACAAAGGAUACAGAGGUCCGAAGGAGACGUUUACUUUCCCAAUCAACUUGGUCAACGCCGAUUGGCCUUCUAUGCUGAAGUUGAUGAUCUAGUAGAAUGGAGAUCGUCUUGCUCACUUGUUAGCUCUGUGCUGGUCGGGAAAGAUAACAUAUAUGCAUUCUCUUCGAUUACUAAUGCCUCAGACAUGUUUCAUGAUUUUCGGUUUCUAAAAGUAUUGGAUUUGGAGUUCACUGUGAUUGAUUCUAUCCCAACUAACAUGGUCUACUUGAGAUAUUUUGCUGCACAAACUUCUCACAAGUCAAUUACAUCAUCCAUACACAUGUUGUGGAACCUUGAAACUUUGAUUGUCAAUGGAAUGGGAGAAUAUAUGUCAGUACCCUCAACAAUUUGGAACAUGGUCAAAUUGAGACAUCUGCACAUUUCCCCCUCCUUUACUGCAGAGGAAUUGCUUGAGGACUCAUCAAAACUUAAUGAUUUGGUAACUUUUUCUACUCCAUAUGUUUCUUGUGUAGAGGAUGCGGAAUUGAUGCUGGGGAAAACGCCAAAUAUUCGGGAACUGAAAUGCAAAUUUAAGGGUUUGACAAGUGAUCAAUUCAGUGUGUUGGAUUUUCCCACACAGCUUGAGGUGCUACACAUUUUUGGUGAUGAACAUGUAGAAUCCUUACCAUAUCUUGUAUGCAUCUCUGCGUCGAAUCUCAAAAAAUUGAAAGUAUCCUAUUAUAUACUGGGCUCUCAACAUUUAUCAAGCAUUUCUCAGCUUCAGAACCUUCAAGAACUCGAACUGAAUUUUGUUGAAUUUGCGGAUGAAGAAUGGGAAGUGAGUGACGAGUUUGCUGAACUCAAAGUUUUGAAAAUAGUGAACUGCUCCAGUUUUAAAGAAUGGACUGUCUACGAUGAUGCAUUUCCUAAGCUUGAACACAUGGUUCUGCGUUGUUGCCAAUUACUUGUGGAAAUUCCUUCUUGGUUCGCAGAAGUUUCUUCUCUAAAGUACAUUGAGGUAGAUAAUUGCAAUGGAUCUGUUGUCGAGUCAGCCAGGAUUAUCCAGAGAACAAAAGUUGAAGAGUAUGCCAAUGAUGAUUUAGAGCUCGUCAUCAAGGAAUCAUAA